UUUCGAAUCGAAAUAGUCGUCGAAGUCGCACCAGACUGAGCUUUCGGCGCCUUUUAGUCGCGAUUAAAUCGUAUUUUAAUUCGAGCUAUUUAACGAGAUAAGCAGCGUUAUUAGCGAAACGCAAUUUGGUAACACUGGUUUCUCCAAUAAGCCAAUUCUCGCGAGUUUCAGUCACGUGCAUUGCCGUAUUAAUAGCUUAUGGUUAGAAUUACAAACAUUGGGUAGAUCCUAGCAGAGGUAGUUGCAACUAUUAGCAAGUAAAAAUUGGAAUACGAUGUAUUUUCUUGAAAAUAAUCGAGCGUGGUUUAAUGAUUUCUCGAAAUUGUGAUUUUUUUCUCGCGUUUUAUGUCGCCACACAUCAUGCGCGUGUUAAAUUGAUCGCUGUGAAAUUGGUGAAUUUUUCUUCACAAGUGUGAUUUUUUUCAGUGAUAGUUUUUGUUAUGUAUCGUUGCUUUAUUAGGAAAAGGUCGUAACUACAUGAAAGUUGAUUUCUCAGAAAACGCAUUUUAAUUUUUAAAGAGCAUUCUAUCAAGUACACUUGAUAGUUUUAGAUGAGUUACGACCUUUUCCUAAUAAAGCAACGGUAUGUAAAGUGAUUUCUGAACGUUGUCAUCAUGAAAUUUCAUGCGUGUUUUCCCCUUUUACUGGCGGUGGUGAUUGUAUUACUUCUCGAAACUUGUCACAUAUCAUGUAAACAAUUACUCCAACUUCAAGAAGAUCGGCCGCAUAAGAAACCGCAUUCUACGUCUGAAUGCUUGUUCGGGAAGCAACACAAAGAAUUUGGAUCGACAUGGUUUCCCGAUCUCGGCCCCCCUUUCGAUGUGAUGUAUUGUAUUAGAUGCGAAUGUCUUAAGGUUACCAAAGAUAACAGAAUUAGCGGACAUGUGAAAUGUAAAAACAUAGCGAAAGAUUGUCAAGAAUUAUCGUGCGAAGAUCAGAUACAAGUGGCAGGUCGAUGCUGCAAAGUGUGUCGGAAUGACACUGAAUCUCUUGCAGUUCAGCAAGAUUCUACUGCAGUGAUAGUUACUGAAGAAGAAGAAAAAAGUAGUAAACAUUAUGCGGCGCUUCUUACGAAUACAUUUUACUUAAUUCAUAAACAUGACGCGGUCAACAUGAGUACUGCAAAUUCAUUAGGACAAACAGCUACUGGACGUUUCACUUUGCACAAGAAAAAUCUUUAUUAUUCUUUUAUUACAUCUGCGUAUCCUUUACCGACGAGGCCAAAACUUGUGCAAUUUAUCGACAAUAGCGGAAAUAUAAUCGAAGAACAACAGGUACUUCCUAUGGGCAGUGUUUAUCAAAAUUUAACUGGUAAAGUUUGCGGCGUAUGGAGACGAAUGCCCAGUGAAUACAGAGCUGCAUUGAAAGAAGAAAAACUUAACGUCGCCUUAGUGUGGGAAGAAUACGAUCUACGUAUACAAGGAUCACUGAUGAAGUAUGGGCCUUUGACAAAAGAGAUUUUCAGUUCGUUGAUGGUUUCGGUGGAAAACUCGUUGAAUACUGAUUCGGUCGGUACAGCUAUUGUGUCCAUUUCGAAUGUUAUUCCCACUAUUCACAUCAUGGUCGUGUUCACUGGAUUACUCAGCUCUAAACGAAAACUCGACGACACUGUGCAGUUGAAAUUGUUUUCCGAGAAUAAACAAAUGAUAUUAUCAGAAGGGACAAUAGUUGUGGAAAAACCAUCGGCUGAAUUGAAUAUUAUCGAAUACACGACCACAGUUUCAUCAGUUGACCUCGUAGCUCUAGCUCAACAGCGUGUCACUCUAACCCUGUCGUCGGCGAAAUACAAAGAACCAAAAAUUGUCGGCAAAAUUGCCUCUCGAGUUCAGUGUGAAUUGUUCCAGACUGUUUUAUCUACAUCACAUUUGACCUCAUCGGGAAAUAACAAAUUCAUGCAAAUACCAAACAGAGCAUCGGGAAUUUCAUGGAUGUUUCUCGAUAAAAACAGUGCUCUGCAAUAUCACGUAGUAUUGGAUGGCAUUUCUGAUGUUUCUGUAAAUUUAGUUACAUCACAUCAUUCAACUUUAGUUGAAGACUUGAGUUCGGAUUGGAUGAAAGGCAGUUUGAAGUAUUUAAAUCCGAAAUCUUUGGAACAGCUGUACCGUGAAGAAUUAGCUAUACAUAUCGCUAAAAUAAAUGAUAACAGUUCAACUCUGCUUCAAGGUCGUUUGACAUCGAAACUAAUCGCCGAUGCUAAAGAUACUUCAAAUCCUCUAUUAUUGAAAAGGACCGACACUUCAGUACCUGCCGACGUAUUUGGACUGGUGUGGGCUCGUAUUGAUGGAGAAUGCAGUUUAAAUUAUGAUAUUUCACUCGUUGGCAAAGACAUAGACACUCAGCAGUAUGAAUUAUAUGUUGAAGAUAUUCCAUUCCUUGCCCCGGGGGCUCCGGUUGCUAGACGAUUGUUAGAAGAAUUCAAAGGGCCCAAUGUCGAAGGGCAUACUUUCGGAUUAUCGCAAUUGGAAUUAUUAAGACUGGAAACAGGAGUAGUGUUCCUAGAUGUAUGGGACAAGAAAUAUGGACAAUCCGUUCUCAGGACUAGAUGGGAGAAAGUCUCAAUCCCGGAAAAUUGUUUACCACACACGACGGAUAAUAGUACAGCGGAUAACAACAUACCAUCUUAUCGACUAUUUAACGAUGAAUCAGAACAACCGGAAGUCACUAAAUGUUUUCACGGCUCGGUAUAUUACGAGCACGGAACUCAAUGGACGUCAACAUUGAACGUAUGUUCUAUGUGCAAUUGUAAUCGUGGGGUUACUAAAUGCGACGAUAUUCAAUGCCCAGCUUUGAAUUGCCCGCAAAAAUACACCGUUCCUGGCGUUUGCUGUCCUUCGUGUCACAAUGUCACCGAGGCGGUUACUGCAAGUAACGGGUGUUCUUUUGGGGGACAACUUUAUCCCGCCGGGUCAGCUUGGUAUCCUUAUAUGCCACCGAAUGGUUUUGAAACAUGUACCAUUUGCCAUUGCGACGCUUCGAACUUCCGAGUCAGAUGUGGACGUGUAGAUUGCCCUCCGUUGACUUGCGAAGAAAAACUAGCCUUUAGGCCGGAUAAGAGGGCGUGCUGUAAGAUUUGUCCUAAUAAAACAAAAACCAUCGCCUUCGAUGUGACUGUAUCUGAUCAACAAGAUCCUGUUAAAAGUGAACGAGAAAUUUUAUCAGCUGGUGGAUGUAAACAUACCUAUGGUGGAGGACCUUACGAAAAUGGAAAAGAAUGGCAUCCUCAUAUAUAUUUUCACGGAAUCGAAAGAUGUGUUAUAUGCAGAUGCAAGGAUGGAAGUGUGCGAUGUAAUAGGAAAAAGUGCACUAAACGUUCCUGCGAAGAUGAAUGUUGCAAGCUUAAAACAAAAUGCAUCAAAGAAAAAAACAAAGAACAAGCUUCAACGUCAAAAUGAGAGGCCGAUUAACUUAGAAUUUUCAGUAUGAAUUCCACACGUGUUUGUAAUGCAUUGUUUGUUAUUCAUUUUAUUUUUGUUUUCCUUCUUUUUUUUGAAAUUAUUUUCAUUAAUAAUUGAAAUGAAAUUAUUAUCCUAUCGAAUAACAUCAACGCUUAGAGUCAUAUUAUGUAUACGUAGACGUACCUAUUCUUUUAAUAAGCUUAGUUUUACAAAUUUUAAUGUGUAAAAAUGUCUUCUUACCUCACAACUACUCAAGGUGUGGCAUUUUCUUUGUUGAUGGUUUUUACAAUUUUAUCAUCGGAUAGGAAAGAACUAGUCAUUUGAUUAUUAUUUUGAAUACAUUGACGGAUAAAAAAUUAUAAAUUAAGUUGAAUAGGUAAAUAAAUAUUUAAACGGUAAUCAGAUCGGCGAUUGAUAGAGAAAACUACUUAAUCAUGGUGCAGUUUGAUUUUUCUCUUUAAUCAAUCGUAUGACAGCUGACUACUUUAUUUUUUAAUGUUUCAUUCUUCGAAUGAAAUUUAAUUUAAUUUUUUCAGGUUUAUUCUCGAACCUUCAGUCUUUUUCAUAUCAUGUGAACUUGUAACUUUUUUUUACUUUUAAUUUCUGAUAAUUUAAGAUAUUUUUAAAAUUUAAUGUCGCGAAUUUGUAUUUUCUUGUGUAUAAUUUUUAUGUUUUUUUUUCUUUUUUAAAUUAAGAUGUGUUGUUUUUAUAUGUGACGAAUGUGUUUCAACGAGAGAGUUGAUUCGUUUUACCAAAGUGUUAUUCUAAAAUUUUUCUUCCAUCUGAGAUGAUGAUGAUGAUGAUGAUGAUGAUGAAACAUUGUGUAAAUAACCGUAUUAUUGUUAUAUAAUUAAUGUACUUUCGAAAAAUUAUUGAUUGUGAUCUCGUAUAAAAUAACGAAGAUGUAAGGAUUUUUUGAUCAUCGAUGACGUUGAAAUGUGGUGUAUUCAAAAGAAUUUUAAAAAAAUUGAUUAAUUUAAUUAAUUCACAUGUUUUUUUGUGAUUAUCUACUUGUUUGUAAAUAAUUGAUAUUUUAAUUUAUAUACGCUUAUGAAUGUUUUUUUAAUUCAAUUAUAAUUGUAAAAAUAUUUAUUUUUGUACCAAUUCUUCUACAAAAUACAUUGUUUUUUUAACUUUUUUGUUUCAUAUAACAAAAUGUAUCUAUCUAAAAUACUCAUUUUGUGGAUAUAGUGUGCAAUUUUUUAAGAAAGUAUUGAUCAUAAAGUAUUGAUAUUCAAAAUGUCUGUUUCCUUGUGCCGUGUUUAAUCUGGUUUUAUCUGGUAAUUGGAAAUGGAAAACAUGGAUAAAUAAUUCGUAUUCAGCGUUUAAAAGUUGCAAAAGGCUUUUCAACUGCAAUUCGACCUAGAUUUUCAUUUUUAAUAAAAAAAAAAGGAAAUUGAACGUUUUAAUGAAUUGCUUGCAAAAUUGUCGUUCAAUUGAUGAUUCAACGUGGAAAAUCAUCGUUUGCCAAGAUGGUGACCUCUUUUAUCAUUUUCGAAUUAUUAGAAUAGUAAAUACCUAUGUAAUAAAGCUUUGAAAAGGGGAAAAAAUGUCCGAAAAUGAAUUUUAUUUUACGAAUGAAUGAGUAUAAAUAUCACUUAAGAAAUAAUAAAAAAAAGACAUCCAAAGGAUUAUAACAAAUAGAAAAAAUAUAAUACUUAAAUAUUAUUCAAGCGUAGUAUGUAUUUGUCUUCUAAAAAUUAAUUAAGGUAUGUAGGAUCCGUAAUAGAUUAAAUACAUGGAUAGCUAAAGUAAGUAGGUAUACGAAAUUAAAUGCUAAUAAAAGGGAGUAAACGAGUACCUAAUUCAUUUUUUGUAUAUCUUUUCGUCUGUUCUCUUUUUUCUUCUACUUUCUAUUUUAACAUUAGUUUGAUGGGAGAGAAUCAUAUGAACUUUGGAGUGGAUUUUAUUGUGGUCAAUUAAAAUAUUGAGAUAUAGUAAAAAAUUAAACUGAUAAUCGUCAAAUCGUCGAUCUAGCUCGUUAUAAUUAAAAAAAAAAAAAAAAAAAAAAAA